CGAAACGCGCUUCUCGCUCCACACACCGGUGUGUCUCGCAGCAGCAACAGCAAAACGGUGGAACCCCCACCCAGAAGAGGUGUGUGGCCCAUUCACUCGUCGUAGUCUCUACAGCGACCACGUCCAGUUGCUCUUCCGGCUCAACGUGGAGCGCUCAGAAGAGCGCUCGAACCCGGAAAUUAAGUUAGAGAAGAGCACGAGGACUCAAAAGAAACCGACCUCGCGCGCAGGUCGGUCCCGUAGACCUAGUGCCUUGCGACCGGCCUCAAGUUAGCAUGUUAUGAACAUGAGUUUUGUGGUACCGGUGCGAGAACCUCAAAAAAUGGAAUAUCAGUUACCACCACCCCCAGUUACAGCCCCCAAUGUGGGGGCUCAUCAAGUUCCCGUUGGUGUUAUGCAGGGAACUUUACAACCUCAUAUUCAACCUGGACAAGAAGAACCUAAUCGUUGGAGUCAAUAUCAACAACUUUGGAGGCAGCAUGUUUACAUGAACGGGAAUAGCAAACCUUCUCAUCCACACGGUCACGGUCACUCUGCAAUCAAGGAAAUAGCUGGUUCCCUUCUUUGCAACGACGACAAAAAGGACGAUGGCGAACUUUGGAGUAAUGUGGAAGCUCAAACCGCUUUUCUCGGUCCCAACCUUUGGGACAAGACGUACGAAUCAGACCUCAAGUAUGUCGAUUUGGACGAAUUCCUUUCGGAAAACGGUGUCUCUAUGGAUGGUCUGGGGUCACACGGUUCGAUGGGACCCCUUGGAAGCUCACAUGGAGUACCCAAACGAGAGCGAUCUCCAAGUCCCGACUGUCUAAGCCCGGAUACCAUGAACCCUCCAUCACCUGCAGACUCCACUUUGUCGAUGGCUUCAAGUUGUCGCGACUUUGAUCCACGGACAAGGGCAUUUUCAGACGAAGAGCUGAAACCCCAGCCCAUCAUCAAGAAGUCCCGUAAGCAGUUCGUGCCUGAUGACCUCAAAGACGACAAAUACUGGGCGCGACGCAGGAAGAACAACCUGGCGGCGAAGAGGUCACGGGACGCCCGUCGGAUGAAAGAGAACCAGAUAGCGCUGCGGGCCGGUUAUUUGGAGAAAGAGAUUAAUUAA